GCUGACUUCAACAGAACUUCAUACUUUCGCUUCUCCUUUUUCGCCACAACAGAUAACUCGGUAACAUAUAAAAGGUAAAAACUGUCCUAUGAGUCAGUCUGAGGAAAAAGAUGAGGGACUGCUGCCCUCAAAUGAGGAACAUGGCAGCCAGGCAGACCUCGAGAGGACUAAGCAGGAACAUUCAAACUCACCUUCACAAAGCUGUGUAUCCAUGGAGAGCCAGAGAUCCAGGGAUUACCCAAUUAGUUUCAACCAACAUGAAUCAGCUACAGAGACUAAACAGGAACAAUUAAACUCAACUUCACAAAGCUGUGUAUCCAUGGAGAGUCAGAGAUCCAGGGAUUACCCGAUUAGUUUCAACCAACAAGAAUCAGCUACAGAAGGUCACCAGACAGUGUCACAGGGGUCCACCUAUCAUCAGACAGACCUGGACUCCGUAUUUCUGGUUGUUGAGGAGAACAUUGUUACUUUUGUGAAAAAUGAGCUGAAGACAUUUCGUAAAUUGCUGAGUCCAGAUUACCCAAAAUGCUUGGAGAGUGAAGCUAAGGAUGAGGAGAUAAAUAAUAGUGAAGAUGAAGACCAGAGAUGGAGGUGCAGAGAGGCUUUUCUGAAAAUCACACUGCAGGUCAUGAGACGAAUGAAACAUGGAGAGCUGGCUGACUCUCUGCAAAACAGAGCUUGUGGGGCCAUGUGUCCAUAUAAACUCAAAUCAAGUCUAAAGAAGAAGUUUCAGUGUGUGUUUGAGGGGAUUGCCAAAGCAGGAAAUCCAACUCUUCUGAAUCAGAUCUACACAGAGCUCUACAUCACAGAGGGGAGAUUUGCAGAGGUCAGCUCCAAGCAUGAAGUCAGACAGAUUGAAGCAGCAUCCAGGAAAUCAGAUGGAAUUGAACCAAAAAUCAAACAAGAAGACAUAUUUAAACUCUCUACUGAAAGAGAUGAACCAAUUAGAACAGUCAUGACAACGGGAGUGGCUGGCAUUGGGAAAACAGUUUUAACACAGAAGUUUGCUUUGGACUGGGCUGAAGGCAAAGGCAACCAGCAUAUCCAAUUCAUAUUUCUAUUUUCUUUUAGAGAGCUGAAUGUGCUGAGAGAGAAAAGGUUUAGUUUGGUGGAACUUGUUAAUCACUUCUUUCCUGAAAUGAAAGAAGAAGGAAUCUGCAGGUUCCAGGAUUUUAGGGUUUUGUUUAUCUUUGAUGGUUUGGAUGAGUGUCGACUUUCACUGGACUUCCACAAAACUGAUAUCCUGACUGAUGUUACAGAGUCCACCUCAUUGGAUGUGCUACUGACAAACAUCAUAAGUGGGAAAUUGCUUUCCUCUGCUCAUGUGUGGAUAACCACACGACCUGCAGCAGCCAAUCAGAUCCCACCUGAGUACAUAGACAUGGUGACAGAGGUUAGAGGUUUCAACAACAUGGAGAAGGAGGAAUAUUUCAACAAAAGAUUUAGUGAAGAAGAGCAGAGAAACAGAAUUAUUUCCCAUAUCAAAAGGUCACGAAGCCUUCACAUCAUGUGCCACAUCCCUGUCUUCUGCUGGAUCUCUGCUACAGUUUUGGAGAAGGUAUUAAAAACAAAAGAAGGAGGAGAGCUGCCCAAGACCCUAACUGAGAUGUAUAUUCACUUCCUGGUGGUUCAGUGCAAACUGAAGAACAUCAAGUAUGAUGGAGGAGCUGAGACAGAUUCACACUGGACUCCAGAGACCAGAAAGAUGAUCGAGUUGUUGGCAGAACUGGCAUAUAAGCAGCUGCACAAAGGGAACCUGAUCUUUUAUGAAUCAGAUCUGACAGAGGGUGGCAUUGAUAUCAGAGCAGCCGCAUUGUACUCAGGAGUAUUCACACAAGUUUUUCAAGAGGAAAGUGGAUUGUACCAAGACAAGAUGUUCUCCUUUGUUCAUUUGAGUGUUCAGGAGUUUCUGGCUGCUCUUCAUGUUUAUCUGACAUUUUUCAAUUCUGGAGUCAAUUUGAUGUCAGAAGGAACUUCAGUGUGGUCCAAACUGUUUAAAACCAAACCUGAUUCAGUAUCUCUCUACCAGAGUGCUGUAGACCAGGCCUUACAGAGUCCAAAUGGACACCUGGACCUAUUUCUGCGCUUCCUCCUUGGUUUAUCUUUGGAGAACAAUCAGAGACUGCUACACGGUUUAGUGAAAGAGACAGAAAGCAGCUCACUGACCAAUCACAAAACAGUCCAGUACAUCAAGAAUAAGAUCAGUUCCACUUCCUGUCCAGAGAAGAGCAUCAACCUGUUUCAUUGUCUGAAUGAGCUAAAUGAUCAUUCUCUAACAGAAGAAAUACAACAGCACUUGAGCUCAGGACGUUUGCCCAUAGAUAAACUGUCUACUUCUCAUUGGUCAGCUUUGGUCUUCAUCUUACUGUCAUCAGAAGAAGAGCUGAAUGUGUUUGACUUGAAUAAAUACUCCACUUCAGAGGAGGUUCUUCUGAGGCUGCUGCCAGUGGUCAAAGCCUUUACCAAAGCUGUGGUGAGUUGCCAUAACCUGUCAGAGAGAAGUUUGAAGCCUCUGGCCUCAGUUCUUAGCUCCCAGUCCACCAGUCUGAGAAAACUAGACCUGAAUUACAACAAUCUGCAGGAUUGUGGAGUGAAGCUGCUCUGUGAAGGAUUACAGAGUCCACACUGCAAACUGGAAACACUCAGUCUUUGUUGCUGCAACCUGUCAGGAAAAAGCUGCGAGGCACUGGCUUCUGUUCUCAGCUCCAAGCCCUCCAGUCUGAGAGAGCUGGACCUGAGUAACAAUAACUUGGAGGAUUCAGCUGUGAUGCUGCUCUGUGAAGGACUAAAAAUCCCAGAAUGCAGACUGGAAACUCUCAGGCUGUCAGGAUGUCUGAUCACAAAGAAAGGCUGUGCUUCGGUGGCUUCUGCUCUAAAUUCUAACCCAGCUCACCUGAAAUUGUUGGAUCUGAGUUACAAUCAUCCAGGAGAAUCUGGAGUUAAGCUGUUCUCUGCUGGAAGAGAGAAUUCAAACUGGGCACUGAACGAUCUCAGGAUUGAACCCCGUGGAUCACAGUUCUUAAAACCUGUUCUGCAGAAGUAUGCCUGUAAACUCACACUGGACCCAAACACUGCAAACAAAAACCUUAUAAUGUCAAACAACAACAGAAAAGUGACAAUGGAUAGACAGAAGCAGUCAUAUCCUGAUCACCCAGAGAGGUUUGACUACUGGAAACAAGUGCUGUGUACAGAGGGUCUGUCUGGUUGUUGUUAUUGGGAGGUUGAAUGGGAAGGGCAGAUUUACUUAGGAGUGAUGUACAAAGGAAUCCGGAGGAAGGGGGAAGGGGAUGACAGCUGUCUUGGAUGCAAUGAUAUGUCCUGGACCCUGAUGUGCUCUAAUGGUGGUUACUCUUGCCAACAUGGUAACAAAAGAACAUCCAUCCUUACAACUGCUGCCAACAGAACAGGGGUAUACCUGGACUGGCAUGCCGGCACUCUGUCCUUCUUUAAUGUCUCCUCUGGCAAACUGAUCCACCUCCAGACCUUCCGUACUGAAUUCAAGGAGCCAGUCUACCCUGCUUUCAGGGUCAGGACUGAUCCAUUUAACUCAUCGCUGGCUUUGUGUUAGAUAAAUCU